UGUUAUUGUUGAUUGCUAAUAUUACACUCCACAAAAGCACAGUAUUAAGUGCCUUUAUGUCUCUUAAUUUUGAUGUGAUUGCCUGAAACUUUACAUCAGAACGUCUGGACAACAAUCCUCUAUCAUUUUGAGGUGAAUUUGUCCCGAUUCUCGCCCAAAGAUGGAGGUUUUGCAUCGAACAAAAAGUGGUAAACGGGGUGGAAAGGACAUGUCGACAGUCAUGGACGUCGAGGAAAACUUCGUUCCUGUGAACUCGCGCGAAGAUAUUGAGAAAGUUAUGACUAAUUCAGGCGACAAAAAGAAAUUAAAAUACUUUAAAAAACUGUUUCGGUUUUUGGGUGGCGGUGAUAGUCCAGUUGAAGCUAUCGAAUUAGCCUUGGGCAGGGACACAACUUUGAAGGAAACACAAUUGACUGUUUUGUCUAUUUUUUCCCUUUGGGUGGAUGAGAUAAAUUGUCAAACAGUGGCUGGUCAUAAUGAAAGAAAAAUGCUGGUAAAUUUUUUAUCAGACUGCAAUAUUGUGAAACUGAUCAUUCGCUUGAUCACAUUAAAACCUGCAGAGUCAAAAGGAAAAGAACUUUUUAGUAAAUACCUUUACUAUCAUUGCAUAAACAUUUUGGCACAUGUUACAAAUAAACGAUACAUUGAGAAUGGUUUGGAGCGUGUUCGAAAUAUGAAAACUAUCAGGGCAUACCAUGCAGUUUCGAGACUUGCAGAAUUUUUGGAUCCUCUGAACAAUGAUCCCUUAAUAAUAUAUCAAACAUCGGAGGUCUUGAAACAUUUGGCAAAGGACAAACGAGAUAUGUGCCUUCAAAUACAUAAAGCAGAUGGUCUGCGAAGAUGCUUACAUUUCAUGUUAAGGAAAGAAGCAGACAAAAUGUUUGCUGACUACAUGAAGGAAAAUUUUUCAUCAAAGUUAUCCAUGCCUAGUGAGGAGGUGGAGAUUCUAGAAAAGUUUUAUACCGGAAAGAGAUAUGUACUUAAAAAAACAGAGCGUUACCCACAAAAAUCAGGGGUGGAUCAGAGAAGAGAGUGUUUUACAUAUAUGUCUGCAGAAUUACAGGAAAAUUGUGCAUUAAUUGUGUUUGAGAUAGUAUCUAAUCCUAAAAUUUCAAAACCAGAGAUCUUGAAAUUGAAGUCUUUUAUAAAGGUGUUGAACAAAUGGUUUACAACUGCAUGUAUUUGGAGGCCAGAGAGGACAAUGUUACAGGGUUGCUUUCACCUAUUGCGAGGUGUUUUGAAUGAUGAAAAACCAGCUUUGACAGCUGAUGAAUUCCUGAAGAAUUAUGAUAUUUUGGAUUUACUAAAACAACAUAUGUACAAUCCAGACAGCGAAGUUUUAUCCAGUGUUCUGAUGCUGUUGUCUGAGCUCUCAGCACAAUAUCCUGAGUUGAGGAAAAAAUUCAUUGCCUCUCCGGUCUAUUCCAAGCUUCUUCCAGUAUGUCUGCAGUCCUUUGAUUCACAGGUUCAAAUUUGGGCUCUCCAGACCCUUAUAACCUUUGUUCAGAGCAAGUCUGCAGCAAAACAUGUUCUCUCCAUUGGAGUAACUGCAGAAAAGCUGUACCUGCUUACAGAAUAUAAUUCAUUUCCGACAAAUGAACUUAUUAAGUCUUUGAAAUCAGAAAUGGAAAAGUACUGUCCAGCCGAGUGGAAAAUUAGUGAAAAGAUCUUUCAGAAUGAUAUGUUACCUCAGAAAUACAGUUUAGAGCGAGCUCAAAAAUACAAAGAAGAGGGAAACUCGAGAUUCAAGCUUGAGGAAUAUGAGUCUGCAUUGAAAUGUUACACCUUAGGAUUGGAGAGUAUCCCCCCUGUUGAACACUUCUCACUGAGCACUUCUUACUCUCGUGACUCGAAUUUCAGACCAUGGUAUGUUUUGCCAUCAGUCCUGUUUACAAAUCGAGCUCAGUGCUAUUUGUCAAUGAAGAAGUGGGUGGAGGCAAUUGAUGAUUGUACAGAAGCCAUUGUAAGAAGUUAUGAAGACAACGAUGAGGCGAAGAAGAUUUUGUUCAAGACCGUUUACCGACGAGCCCGUGCUUUCUCGGAAUUGAAAAAUUAUCGGAAUGCUCUGAAUGAUAUAUCUUUUUGUUUACGGUUUAAUCCGGCUGCAACGAAUGUAAGAUUGUUUUUCCGGGAGACCUUGACGGCUUAUCGGAAGGAGAUUGGGAUGGAGUCACUUCGACGUUGCGGCACUUGUAUGGAGGGAGUGGGAAUGAAGUUGAAGCGUUGUGCAAGAUGUCCAGAAAUGUAUUGUUCUCGUGAGUGUCAGACUUACGCUUGGGAGGAAGAAGGACACAAACAGUUCUGCAACUAUACGCUGGAUGAAAAUAACAGUGAGUGAACGAACAUGGAAAGAAAUGAAGGAUGGAAAAUGGAAUGAUGGAUGAGGGAAACUUGUGGAUGAUGAAAAUUAGGAGUCAUAGUGUUACUCUGAGGAAAAUAAGUGUUAGACAAAGUUUUUAGCAAACUGUACACAAGAUAUUGUAAUUUUAUCUUAAUAGUUCUAUAUUUAGCUUUCAGUCGUAGUUUAGACGGAUGGCGUAUACAUAUAGUUUGUUAGAAGAUGGCGUAGCUAUAUGUAUUUCGCUAUAUAAAAUAAGCUUUUAGGUGUGUGUUUGAGGCUGAGAUUAGUAAUUACUUGUGAUUCUAUAAAUGAAUUGUGUUUUUGGUUAGCAUUGGGUGCCACAAAGAUUGAUUACCCGACGUGAUUUUAAAUUCACCGGAAAUGAUUGGAGUUUGGUCUUGGUGUGUUUUACCUUCACCAUUUUCCUUGGAGAUUGUGUAGUAUGUAUUUAGAGUACCCAAUUAUUAGCACCAACCUCGCAAGCCAGGCUUUUUCCUUUUCACGGCCGUAUGGAGCGUAGGCAGAAAAGCCUGGCCUGCGAGGCACGUGCACCAAAACUGUUUAGUGGCCUUGGAUUAGUUUAAAUAAAAUGAUGAGAUCUACGAUUAUGGAAGGUGAUAAAUUGUCUAAGAUGAUUGGUCUGUUUCAUGCCAAACAUAUAUAUCAUAAUCCAAAUAAUGAUAGUGUAGUCUCAAGUGUGUAAAGUGAUAAAUAUUGGGUAAAUAAAAGUCGUAUUGGUUUCAUGUGCCUGAUACAUUGCUGA